AGAUCUGGUAAUUUCCGUAUCUCAAAAGCGUUUUCCUCGUGCUAAAAAAAAUGACAAAUUAGAUCUAAGAAGUAAAUGUGAGAUUUAUUAGGAGUUUAGGACUAAUGAAUCUGAACAAAAAUGCAAGAACCAAUUUCACUAAUAGCAAGAACAAAUGUUGACACAUGCAGAUACAAAAAAUGGAAUUAACAAAAGGAUUUGAUUAAUUACCACCUAGUACUUGAGAACUCGAAGAGCUUGCCAGACUUGGAGAAGACAAUGACUGCAGACGGAGAAUCGAAUUAAACUUACCAUCUCCCAUUACAACAGAGCUCUGGACGAGCUUCUUCUGAGAUCUAGCACAGAGCUCAUCUAGAUUUAGCCCUUGUGGAGAAGCGGAGAGGAAUGAGAGUGAGCGUCGCGAUGGGUCGCGGGAAGAAUGAUUCUAGAAGAAAGGAGACGAGGAGUGUUCAAGAGCCGUCUCUUCCAUAGCUUGAUUAAGAAACGUCGCUCAAGGCAUUUGCUAUUUUUUUUUUUUUUAAUUUCAAUAAUACUAAGAGACGGGCUUAAGCAACCCGGUUAACGAUGCUCUUAGACUCUUGUUUGACCGAUAAACCACCAUCUCAUGUUAUUCAAGAGUUUACCAUCAUAAUUCUGUGACACAUCAAAACCUUAACAAAUUGCGAUAUUUUGCACUAACCGGUUGUUCCAUUGAUAGAAGACAUCUCAGCUGUAGGUGGAAAAUCACAAUCAUAUCAUAUAAACUCAUAAUAAAAGUUUACACUUUCAAAAAAUUGAAGUUGUACACUUUUUAAUCUAAAUUAGAUAAUGUUUUCAAUUUUCAAUACCUAAAUCUAUACUAUUAUUUGCAAAGUGAUUUUUCGCAACGGAUUUGCAAAGUGAUUUUUCGCAACGUAGCUCUCACGUUAAAAAUUAGACUGGCUAAAGUCUAUGUUACCCUUAAUAAACAUAUAUAUAUAUAUAUAUUAUAAUUAAAACUAUUUUUAUAUUAAUAAAUAUUAUAUUUUUUUAAAUAAGAUAAUUCUUAUAUAUUGUGUUGUUAUCUUGAAAUAAAUAUUUUACUAAUGUAAAAAGUAAAAAUUAAGAUAAAAAACGUUUUAUAAUUAAAUAUUAAUCAAACAAAAAUAUUUGUAUAAAAAAAUUGGAUGAAUAUAUUUUCUAAAAUAUUUCUAAUCUAAUAUGUGAAUGUUAUAAAAUUUCAACACAAAACUAAGCAUAUAUAUUUUAAUGAAAAUUUUUGUUAUAUAUAAAUAAUUUUAUGUUAGAUUUAAACAUUUUGAAAAGAUAGUAAUAAAUUAUCAUGUUGGUUUUAAAAUUAUUAAAACAUAAAUUUAUAAAUAUUCAAAAUCAGGCCCGCGAGUGCUGGCAAAACACCUAGUUUUCUAUUAUAUGACAUUUUAUAUUCUUCAUAUUGUCUUAUUAUCGAUUGAAUUAUGGCAAUAUAGAUAAUUAAUAAUGUUUUGUUUAGAAAAAUAAAAUUUUAAAAUUUUUAUGUGCAUGAUACUAACCGUCAACUAUUAGAAAAUAGAUUGUGUAUAUAACAUAUUAAUUAGUUAUGGUCCAAAAAUCUUUCAAAUAGUGAGUAGUGACAUUGUUCAAACUUCAUAGUCAACCUACCACAAAGGCCCAUUGUAACCAUUGAGCAACCCCUACCAAAUCUCAGCGCGUCUAGUGUUCCUCUUGUUCUUAUCGUAUCAUCUCCUUUUGAUGACCAUACCAGUAUUGUUUUUUUCCUUUCUUCAGAAACAAAAGUAGAUAGAAUUGUUGCAUUGACCCGAGACCCAAGCCAGUUAAAGCUUGGUCCUCAUGAACCCUAAAGAUCUUAACCGUUCAGUCACCGGGCAUUAUGGUUCAAUAUUACAGCUACACCUCUUUUUCCUACUCUUCUCCGGCCACGCUUCGGCUCAAGCCACUGACGGCGGUUCAGAUAUGUAUGAAGAAAGCUAUGCGUGGGACCCAACCAUGAUGAUACUCAUAAUAGUCCUAGUCAGCGCUUUCGUCGUUCUCGGCUCUUUCUCCAUAUAUUUCCGUAGGUGGCUCGAGCGAGUCAUCGGGAUGAACAACGACCAUUCCGUCCACGCUGGCGGUAACAUGCUUUCCCUCAGCCGCCCCCGGGCGCGUGGAAUCGACGCGUCGGUCAUUGAGACUUUUCCGACGUUCCGAUACUCAAGGGUCAAGAUCAGCAAAGAGGCCCUCGAGUGUUCUAUUUGCUUAAACGAGUUCGAAGACGCUGAAACCUUGCGUUUGGUUCCUAAAUGUUGCCACGUGUUCCAUCCUGAUUGUAUAGAUGCUUGGCUCCAGUCUCACGCCACGUGUCCUCUAUGCCGCGCCAAUCUCGUCCCCGUACCGGGAGAAUUGGUUGUUUCUAUCGAUAUACCCGGUUUAGCCGAUGACACUCCUCGUUCUGAAAUAACCGGUGAGCGGAAUACGGUUUUUGGUUCUCCAGAUGCAAGAUUGAUUGACUCGGUGGCCUUGAACUGUAACCAGAGUAUGCCACGUAGGUCUUUCUCUACCGGAUGGAAUUUAGCCGAACUUUUCACCAAUUUCGGUUGGACCAGUGAACGUGAGGAGAAUCUCGACCGGUUCACGCUUAGGCUACCUCAAGACAUUCACAAUAAGCUCGUGGAACCAAGCCUUUUAAAAGGCCACGUGACGUUUCCUCAGAUGAUGAGUUCAAAGAGAGGGUACAUAAGAACCGGAAGCCUGAACACUGAUGCAAACUAUUUUUACUAUGAACGAUUUGACCUAGAUUGUGUGAUAGACCGUAAACCCUUCUCCAUAACUCCUCCGUACCGGACAUGUUCCUGUUCGAUCAAUACACCUCCAGGUAGCAGUGGUGAUCAGGUGUGUACACCAAGGAGUUUGCUUCUAGCAAUGAAGUCACCGUUCGAUUGGUUGUUUAUUGGAAAGGACGACACUGGUGAACGUUCGUCCGAUCACCUUUGCUCCGGCCAUGAUAGCCCAUCCGUUGACCAAGUUGUAUAAUUGGUUACCUGAGGAAGUCUUACCUUUUUUUUUGAACUAAGGAAGUCUUACCUAUUAUUUUUAUUUUUUGCAUUCUUUAUUUUCAGUUUUAAUGUUGCGGGACGAGAUCCGCUCUUUGUUUUAUUUGUUCUUUCAUUGGUCUAUUACAUAAGAAUUCAUUUCCUCGGGAAUAAAAUAAAAAUCACAAUUAGUAUAUGUGGUCUAAUCACUAAUGUUUAUAACGUGUUCAACAAGAAUGAGUUGAAUCUCAAGUUUAAAGAUCUCACUGAUACAAUUGAAAGAACAGGCUAAGGUAAAAAGGACAAUAGGAUCCUGCUUUAAUAGUAUAGAUUUUAAAAUCCAAUUUUAUUCAAAUCAGACUCUAACUACAAAAUC